GUACACCUGACUAGAAACCACAACCGACCGGACUUCGGCCCCAUCAUGGCGAAUACCCUCCUUGAGCGGUAUAGAGCCGCCACUCCAGACAACGUUAAUGUCGUUCUGAACGAUGUAAUCAAUGCGAGCCCAUUCGCAUUCGACCGAACCUCAAGGUCGGAGUUCAUCCAGGCAUUGUUGGCCGAUUUGCAGGUGGUUAAUGGCAAGAUAACGGCGCAAAAUGCGGCUACCGCACUUCUUGCACUGAAGACACUCGGCAAAAAUCCGACUGGCUCUGAGUCGCUUGGAACUGCUCCGAUCCUUUCUACGCUAUUGAAGAUCGUUUCAACGCACAAGGACGACAUUGAAGCCUCCGGCGAGGGACUACGUUGUAUUGCAAAUGCCUUGCUCUUGUUUGAGCCUGCCCGAACGGCCUUCAUCAGCAGCCAGGUAAAGGGUGGAGACGUCUGUAUCGACCUAUUACAGAAGUCGUCCAAUCCAGAUCAAAUAUUCAUUCUUUCGCGUAUCCUCUUCCUCUCGACAGUCCACCCAUCUCAGUUCAUCACUGCCCUCGUGGAAGAGAAACGUGUCGUUGAAGUCGUUGGCGCCAAGCUCGAUCUGCUCAUCACCAGCCUGCUCUCCGGAGCCAAAACAUCCAAGGAAGCCAUGGUCGAUGUGCUCAAGUUCACUUUCAACGUUCUGAUGCACUAUCCAAAGUCUCUCGAUGGCCCGUCAGACGGCAAGGUCAUUGGCGACAGCUGGAGUCCCAAACUCGACAGCAUUCUACCACCACUUUUACGUGUAUUCCAUGCACUCCCUCCGACAUUCCCUACUCCUAUUGCUGCCCCGUUGACUCAUGCCAUUCAUUCACUCAUUGUUGUGCCGAUAACACCAACGCUGAGAUCCGAAUGGUUCACAUCAAGCGGCUCGUCUUCGCCAAAGCCAACUAUGCAGCGAACGGAAUCGUCGUCUUCGAGCCGAACCCAUUCACCGGUCAGAUCUGGCGGCCCAACAUCGCCGACUGGCAAGAGCAGCCCUCUAGAUCGAGCAUUAUCAGUACUUUCAGCAGGUCGACGGUCGCUUUCUCGCUCUCCAUCACCCAUCCCACCGAGACCGUCACCCAAAGACACCCUCCUUCGAGCCCACUCACUGCUCGAAGUAGCAUUCACCCAUUACUUCCCCGAGAUGACCGAGCCAGACGACCUUUCUGUGCGGGAUAAAGUCAAGUCGGAAUCAACUCUGUCCCCACCGGCUGAAUCUCUCGACGAUGAGCUGUCGCCGCUCGUUGUACUCAUCACCCGUUUGUGCAACGCAGACGAGAAUUCCCGCACGCGAACCCGUGACUGGCUAUGCCCUGCCGAUCUGGAUCGCAGUGCGGCUGCUGGGAGUCUCGAAAGCCGGCCAGAUAUGCUUGGACGGUGCCUGCGACUUCUGGGGAGCGUCUACCAUGCGCGACUCAAGGACUCGGUUGGGGAAAUGUUGUACGCGAUGUGUGACUCUGAUGUGUCUACCAUGUCCACCCUGCUGGGCUACGGGAAUGUCGCUGGGUUCCUGUUCAACAAGGGAAUCAUGACUGCACCGCCACCUUCGACUUCGACUUCACCGUCGACUGCCGCAGCGCUGGCGGCUGCCUCGAGUCCCAGCAUCAAUCCCAUCACGGGCACGACAAAUGCGCCGCGGGAGCCAGAGCCAGAGAUGACGCAGGAAGAAAAGGAGCGCGAAAUGGAGAAACUGUUUGUCCUCUUCGACAGGCUCGAGCGGACGGGGGCUUUACCCAAAGAGCAAAACCCCAUACGAAAGGCGAUGGAAAAGGCUGCAACGGCUCCACCUCCUCCUCCCAACGACAAUGACGACUAA